CCAUUACCUGAUGACUUCAGCCGCUCCACCGUCGGAUCGCCCCGGUGCCAUUCCAGGAAGUCUAACGCCGCUCGCUGCUCGACCGGGCCGGACGCCUCUCGGGCCGACCACCGUCGCCACCAUGGUAUUCUGCGCCCCAUUCGGAUUCUCGUACGCUGCCGGAAGGAGUCAGGAAGAAGUUCCCUUGAGAGAUUCCACAUCCUAUCCCUCUCCUCUCCUCCACUGACCCGGACGACGAACCCUCUCCACACCCGUCAUUAGGGUUUUGUGCGGUUCCUCCUCUCCGGCUCCGAGCCGCGAUGGGGCGCUCCCGCGCCGUGCCCAAUUCCGGCGAUGACGAAACCAAUCAGAGAUCAAAGAGAAGGAGGGUUGCUUCAAGUGGGGAAGCUCUGGAAACAAUAACUGCAGGUCCAGGAGCCAAUGAAGGGAAAAAGGCUUUGUAUCACUGCAACUAUUGCAACAAAGACAUUUCAGGGAAGAUUCGUAUCAAGUGCACAAAAUGUCCUGACUUUGAUCUAUGUGUGGAGUGCUUCUCUGUUGGUGCUGAAGUCACUCCACACAAAAGCAACCAUCCAUAUAGAGUUAUGGACAACUUGUCUUUCCCUCUUAUUUGUCCAGAUUGGAAUGCGGACGAGGAAAUAUUACUUUUGGAGGGGAUUGAGAUGUACAGCCUGGGGAACUGGGCAGAAGUUGCGGAGCAUGUUGGUACCAAGAGCAAGGCUCUGUGCAUUGAUCAUUAUACCUCAUCGUACUUGAACUCACCUUGCUAUCCUCUUCCAGACAUGUCUCGUGUCAAUGGUAAGAAUAGAAAGGAACUUCUUGCGAUGGCUAAGGUACAAGUUGAGGGCAAGAAAGGUACUUCACUGCUUGGUGAUGUCACACUAAAGGAAGAGUCUCCAUUCUCACCUGCAAGGGUCAAGGUUGAAGAUUUAGAUGAAGGUUCAACAAAUCGAACACCCUCAAACCUAGCUGCAGGUGCAAGUAAGACGGCUUCAAAUGUGGGACAACUCAAGGAUAAUUCUGAUGGACCUAAAGUAGAAGAUUCUUAUGCGGAUAGGACCAUUGGUGUAAAAAAGCCUAAAUGUUCAGGAGAUGAAGGACCUUCUAUAACUGAGAGUGGCUAUAAUCCCAAGAGACAAGAAUUUGAUCCUGAAUAUGACAAUGAUGCAGAGCAGUCAUUGGCUGAUAUGGAGUUUAAGGAAAAUGACUCAGAAACCGAGCGUGAACUGAAGCUGCGGGUGCUUCGUAUAUAUUUGUCAAGACUUGAUGAAAGGAAGCGAAGAAAGGAUUUUAUACUAGAAAGAAAUUUACUUUAUCCAAAUCCAUUAGAAAAGGAGCUCUCAAACGAAGACAGGGAAAUAUAUAACCAUUUCAAGGUCUUUCUGCGCUUUCUAUCUCAAGAAGAGCAUGAGGACUUAGUUAAGAGUGUCAUUGAGGAGCGGAAAAUUCGAAGAAGAAUUCAAGAGCUACAGGAAUGUCAAGCUGCUGGGUGCCGCACACUGGCAGAGGCAAAAGCAUACACAGAACAGAAGCAGAAAAGGGAACUAGAGGCAAGCACACAAAAUUCCAAAGAGAACACUCAGGUUCUUAGUGGUAGCAAACUAGUGCAAAAAGCAAAUCGGCCUUUGAACAAAGAAAAAGGGGAAAAUGAUGGAAGCCUGAGGAACACUAUCGAUAACUACAAAAUAAAAGGCGCCACUGGGCUAGAUUCUGGUGGUAAGGACUCACUUUCAACAGCUACAGGACAGAUUUCUGCAAGAUCAUUUGAUGAAUGGGAUAUCACUGGACUCCCUGGUACAGAAUUACUCAGUGAAACUGAGCAAGAAUUUUGCUGUCAAAAUACAUUGCUGCCCAGUCAUUAUCUCAAAAUGCAGGAGAUGCUGGUGCAAGAAAUAUACAAGGGCAACAUUGCUAACAAAUCGGAUGCCCAUGGUUUAUUCAAGGUUGACCCGGUAAAGGUGGAUGGGGUGUAUGAUAUGGUAAAGAAAAAGUUGGGCCAGCAAGAAGAGCCUACUGUUGUUUAAUUCAGCUCUAGCAUAAAUUAUUUCAAUUAAUGGCUUCUGUAAGUUAUCGAGUCUCGGAUAGUUCAAAAGCUUAUAUGCUUGUAAGCCUUCACAGCACUGUGUUGUAUCUGUUACACUUAAUUUGCUUGAUCUUGAAUAAGGUGGGUCAGAGUACAUGAAUAUUAUGUAUAUCUUGAGUCUAUCGCAGUAAUCGUUUCUUGGUUACUUAUACA